UCGACCCAUUUCGCUCUUAAGAUGUCUUUCAAAUACCUUCUCUGCUUCUUGUUGGUGUUUCUUUUCCUCACUCAAGUCCAAGCUGAGCUCAAUGCUACAAGCAAUGCUACUGAUGUACAAAAGAAUGUUACUAUAAGGCACGUUAUGGUACGAAAACUGCACGGCGAUGCGAAGAAAGGAAGUGGAAUGAUGCACGUAGUGGUACACAAAGUUCAACCUGGGCAUCCGUACUACAAGGUUUUCGAUGACAACGAGGAGGCUGCUCGGGGAUUCACAAAUAAGAUAUGGAAUCGUCUGUUUAACCGCUACAGCACUAUGCGCAUAUAAUUUAUUAGUCUUAAGUCUAGUCAAGUGUUGUGAAUAAGUGUACCUAGGUAAUUAUAAUAAAGCUGGAACUAAAUAU